GAUCACAGGGAGAGAGAUUGUAUUAGGAGAGAGAGGGGGUGGUGGAUGUGUGUGCGGAGGGAGUGUAAAGGCCUGCGCCGAGGGAGAGUAGGGAGGGGAGAGUGCGCGUUCAGGAGAGAGAGGCACGGCGGGGGGUGAAGAGAGGGAGAGAGACUAAGGGAGAGUGCACAGGGAGAGAGACGUUGUGUAAGGAGAGAGAGGAGAGAGUGCACGAGGAGGAGGUAGGCACUCGAUUGGGAGAGUGGUGUGUAUAGACUCUGUAGAGUAGGGAGAUUGUCCAGGGAGAGUGCGAGCGGUUAGGGAGGGAAGUGGGAGAGUAUUGUAAGAGGCGCUAUCGGUCGUCAUUGUCUCGGGGGAGAGCAGACGGAGGGAGUGCACGGGCAGCUGAGGAGUAGUGACUCCUCAAACAACCACCACUCGAUCAUCGCCACCAUCGCCUCCAUUCGGCACCACCCCGAACCAGCCACCUCAACCACAGACAUUAACAGCGCUUCCACCACCACCACCACCAUGUCGGAGUCUCGCUACAAGGAGUGGAUCUUGGACUCGAUCGACUCGCUGCGCUCCCGCAAGGCGCGACCGGAUCGCGAGCGGAUCUGCCGAAUGGUGGAGCGCAGGCACGGCGUGUCGGCGUGCCUCACGCAGGCCGCCCUCGAGCGCCUCGUGGCCUCGUCCCUGGUGGUCAAAGUCUCCUACAAGGGCUCCCACAGCUACAGGAACGCAGCCAAGUGUCGCCGCGGCCGCACUCACGGCAUGGUCCUCCCUCCGUCGUCCUCACCCAUCGGGAAGGAAAACGACGACGAGGAUGGUGGUGGUGGUGUCGGUGAAGAGGAGGAGGAUGACGGUGGUUGUGAUAAUGACGGUGGUGGUGGUGGAGGAGGUGAUGGUGGAGGUGGUCCUGGAGAUAAUGAAGAUGGUGGAGGUGAUGAAAAGGUGAUACCGGCGGAUGCUCCUGCUGUUGAGGCUGGUGGGGAUGAUUCUGCUCCAGCUAAAUCUGAUGAUGUUGAUGAUGGUGAUCAUCGUGAUGAUAGUGAUGGUUCCGGUGGCGAUGGUAAUGAUGGUUCCACUAUGGGAGGUGGUGGUGAAGCUGCCGGGUGCAGGAGAGGGCGGUCGAAGCCCAUUCGUAAUUUUGCCGCAUCAUCGAUAACAACUUUGACAACGUCGUCGUCGUCGUCAACAACGUCAACAACGUCAACAACAUCACCGCCCCAAGUGAAACUCGAAACCUCGCCUCGACUCCUUUCGGCCCGCGCUGCCCGCAACCCCGCGGCUAAAGCGCGGAGCUCCCCCACUCCACGGGACCGCGGCGGGGCUCAGUACGGUGGUGGCGUAGAGGAGAGCGGCGGGAUCAGCUUGGGGAGAGCGGCGGCGAGGAGGAGCCUCAAGAAAAAGAUGUUGGACGACGACUUCGUGGACCCGUCUGUGCUGGGCAAGCGUCGCCGUGACGGUGAGGCCCCCGUCACCACCAUCAGCAGCAACAACAACAACCCUACCACCACCGCCACUGCCACCGCCACUGUCGCGACGGCGAUCAGCGUCCGUGGGACGCGGCGAGCGACGUCAGCCAGGGUGCCCGCGCCGACCCCGGCGUCGAUGCCGGCGCCAGCCCUGCAAGAGCCCACGACUCGUGCCACACGGCACGCGGCACCACACCCGGCCAACGGGUCACCGCAUCUGGCACCGCACCCGGCCAACGGGUCACCGCAUCUGGCACCGCUCCCGGCCAACGAGUCACCGCAUCUGGCACCGCAUCCGGCCAACGAGUCACCGCAUCUGGCACCGCACCCGGCCAACGAGUCACCGCAUCUGGCACCGCACCCGGCCAAUGGAUCACCGCACCCGGUACUGCGCCCGGCCAACGAGUCACCGCACCCAGCGAGCGCUUCACACUCGGCCGCCCCAGACACCCCCGCCGCCCACGCCAAUGCCGCUGCUGCCGCCACAGCCGACAAAGCGGAUCGGCCCGGGUCCGGUACACGGAGCUGGUCCGGCUGCGAGGCCAGGACCGCUCGCCCUUCCUCCUCCGCGUCCUCGGCGUCGGCCACAAUUGGCGGCGGCGGCGGCGGCGGUGGCGACGGUGGCAGCAGCGACUCCUCGGACUCGGAUUGCGAGUCGAACGGCCCGGCGACGGACUCGGCGGGGACUCCGCCGCGAGGCCCUGGCAGAGAGAACGGCGGUGGAGUCGCUGGCGGCGGAGUCAAUGGAGGGCGGCAGGAGGAGGCGGGCAGGGCGGGCCGCCCCACCAACGUGGAGGGGGUAGGCGGCAGGAGCCCGUCGAGCCAGCCGCCCGCUGCCCCUUCGCUGCCCUCGCAGCCCAUGCUGCUGCCUCCCGAUGCAGCAGGAAGCCACGCUUCUUUGGUCUGCUCCAAUGAGAUGCCAGGCCAGAGCAGUGGAGUGCCCAGCGAGUGGAUGAGUCCCGGCCGCCGCCGGACUUCGUGUUCCAUCUGUGCCGAGGACAGCAAUGCACUGCUGUGCUGUCGCACGUGCGGCAGCUGUUACCACCCGCGGUGUCACGAGGGUUUGGCGUCGCGACGUCACCACAACCACGCCAAUCACGCUAACCACACCACGAGCAACGCCACCACAGCUACAGUCGUUGCCACCACCAACAUCGCCACCACCGCCACCACACAAGGCGAGUGGGUGUGCACGAGGUGUGAGGAGAGCAUGCUGUCGGGAAAGCCGUCCCCACCAGCUCCGGCCACACCACGCGAGGAUACCGAGCACACAGCGGAAGUUCCUGAGGUGCGCGGGGCUUCGUGUUUGCCGACUCCAUCCGCAUCCCCAUCCCCGGCGAGCCAGGGAGACGCCGAACGGAGUCCGCCACACCACAACGGCGCCGAGGGGCUGAAGCUGCUGGAGCCAGCUGAUUGGUCGAUCGCCGACGUCGUGAGCUACUUCCGCACCGCCGGAUUUGACGAGGAGGCGCGCGCCUUCCAGGAGCAGGAGAUCGAUGGGAAGUCGCUGCUGCUCAUGAAGAGGAGCGACGUCCUCACGGGCCUCUCCAUCAAGCUGGGGCCCGCGCUCAAGAUCUACGAGUUCCACGUCAAGGCUCUGCAGAGCCACCACUUCCACAGCGAUGCCUCCUACUGACACGGCGACACCGACAACAGAGUGACACAGUGACACAUUGACAUCGAAACACUGACACAACGACGCCUCCUACUGACACGGCGACACUGACGCAGUGACACCGACACCGUGACACUGACGGCGACGCACUGACAGAGUGAUAUCCCGCAAUGAAACUGACGCAGUGACACUGACGCGGUGACAUCGACAUGGUGAGAUUGACACAGUGAUAUCUCAUACUGAUACGGCGAAAUCGACACCAUGGUAACAAUACAGCGCACAGUGAUACCUCACACUGACGCGGUGACACAGCGCCCACGACCUCGGCCUAAGCCCUUCGUGCGCGCCUGCGUGGCUAACAUAAACACAGCCGACCUCUGAGGUUAUAGGUCACCUUGAAACAGUCGCUCAGGGACAUCAUCGCCCCGUGGUCACAGAACUUCAUGAGAUGCGCGGCACACAGAGACUCUCGGCAAGACACGGAAGAACGUAGGGAAACACGUGGAGACGUAACGCAAGAGUCUCGUCUGCGACGGCCGCGUCGGAGAUGGGGGUUCGCCUGCAGAGCUCUACCCGGUGACCGACUAUGCACUGGGGCCAUCGUGCCAUUGCUUACGUUGGUUGGAGGCAGCCUGUGUGAACGAUAAACGCUCAGCUCCAGGAGGAAGAGACUGCUGAUGUUGGACCCAGAGAAAGUGCGAACAAGGUGGGGGUGUGGUGAGGGGUCUGGCUCAGUAUCACUGUCAUCGUCGUCGUCAUCAUCACCGUCGUUUAAUAUUGACACCGCACCUCCCAUGCAGUACGUCUCAGGGGUGCCCUGCAGCAGGGGGACCCCCUCGGUGGAAGCUCCCCCUGUUAGGCACAGUGAAUGCGGCACCGGCCACACAGCGCUCGGAGUGGAGCGAUGGAGAAAUGGUGGGGAUCGUGCGCCGGCUGGGUAAAAUAGAUAUCUUGUGGAUGCCCCUGCCAUUGAGUAUAAUUGCACAAACCGAGCCGUGCCAGUGCCGUGCCGUGCCGGCUCAGCAGGCACCGAGUCGUUUUUCCACUGCAGAAGCCAAGCCGUGCCGCUGAUGUCACGCACGAGAAAUGGGUCAAAUCACGUGUAGCAGUGACGCCGCCGUGUUCCCGCGGGGUAUUCUUUGGUGAUGCACGCAAUGAAUGCCGCCAUUAGCCCCCCUAGCCAGGCUUGGAUGUGGUUGUCGUGAGGCCCGGUGUAGCACAGUUUGGUGGCUCUGUCUCGGCCAGCCCGUGGACACGACUGCACAUACAUGCAUAUUCAAAAGAGAAUGCAAAUGGAAAUUGUGUAGUUCAAGCCAUUAUUUCACGUUUGUGAUUUUGGGCUUGGACCCUGGCAUGAAAUACAUGUCGUGGGAUCGCUUGUUACUCAAACGACGGGUGUACCCUUGGGUGUAAUGCAUCGGAUCCGUUGCUCUGCUUAGCUCACACACACACACUGCAGCCACCUCGAUUUGCGUGGAGAGAGGACUCUGGCAGGGUUGAUGGUGGUGAUCAAGAGGCAUCGGGAAGUGGCAAUUAAAUUUGUAUGAAAUGCCACCCCUGCCUCACACCUCCACCAUUUCGCCCAUCACCACACGUGUCGUAGCAUAAACAGUGACGCUUUGAUUCGAUGGAUGUCUCGGCAAACUCAGCCGCACGUUACAUUGCGUGUCAUCUCAACGGUUCAAAUGCCCUGCCAGGCAGAUCGCCCUCCUCACCCCCUAUCGGCAACUGUCCCUGCGUGGGACAAGAUACACGCAGCAUCGGCCUUGCAAGUGGGGCUUUGGUCUAACCUGUGGGUGUCACUUGAAGCAAGAGGUGUAGCGUGCUGUAAGCCAUUACUGCUGUUCACGUUAACAUCGCAACGUCUCAAGACGGGGGCAGGGUUAUUGCAGUAAUUUGAUGUCGGCUGUUUUUUGCGGUGCUGAGCCAGUGGUGUAAAUUGUAUGAAUGUUGAACUUCUUUCGCACCGUAUGUAGCCAACCGUGUUAAUCUUAUGACGAGGUGGGGGAGGGGGGGGGGUUCAGUUUAUCCGUAGCAUGGCCACUGGAUUCUUAAUUCCGUUGACCCUGUGAGGGAUGAAAGUUGGGUCGCACCCCGACCGUGGAUUUGAAGUUGUAACCUUCACCCCUGCGAGUCGAGUGCUGCGGCCGUUGGGCCAUGGCCGGCAGGCGUUAUCACUACGUGUCAUUGUUUGCUGUAUAAUUGCGUUUAUAAAAGUAUUGUCAAGUGUAUUUGCGUAAUGUGAGUGUCUAAGUGGUACGUUUGGCGUUCUGAGUUAUUACCCAAGCGACUGGGCUUGUACAAAGCAAUGUUACUACAUAUAGCCAAAAUUAAAUGUUAUUGCUUGAAA